AUGGCUUCUCCGUCGCGCGUUUGGAGGGGCGAGGAUAGUAGUAAUGAUGCACGAGGGGGGUCUGGGUCUGGGUCUGAGGAUGAUAAUCUCGAUCUACCACCGACGUCAAAUUCGAAGGCGAAGAGUUUGAGUUCAGUGGGUGGGGUGUUGGGGAAGGGGAAGGGGAAGAUGGGAAGGACGGAGAUACCGAGCUCGACUGCGGAUGAGAGUAGUCAGAGCCAGGUGAAGAAGAUUGGGGAGUUGGAGAGGGUUGAGGAAUCUGAAGAUGAAGCCCAGGACUAUGCGCCGCCGAGUAGCCAGCCACGACCAGUUUCAGACGAUGAACAAGACAAGGACGGUGCAGUGGCAGAUGUGCAGCCAGAAGGCAAGACAACACGACGGAAGAGGAAACGAGAUUUGAAGAAAGAAGAAAAGCGCCUUGUUGAGGAUGGUGUGGCGCCACAGCCACAGCUUCAAGGCUCACAGACGUGGUAUGAGGGUGAUGAUGCUGGGAAGACUGUGCUGGAGGUUGCGGUUUCAGAGCCGAAAGCAAAAAAGGUGAAGAAAGAACUGGGCGUGGAGGAGUUGAAGAAGAAGGAGGAAUAUGCAGGACAGAAAGCUUCUAAGAGGGCCAGGAAGGAGAAAUCUGAAGACACUACACCUCAGAAUCCCACAGAUGAGGCAGCAGCAACCAACAAGGAUCACGACGAAGUAUCGGUGAUCGGGUCUGGUGGGAAGACGAAGUCACAAAGGAGAAGAGACAAGAGGGUCAGAGUAAAGGCGACCAAGCAAGGCGAGACUACGUCAGCACUGUCUGUUACCGUCGUGAGAACGCACGAACAGAAAAUGGCAUCCGAUGAGGCAAAAAGGGCGGCGAGAAAGAAUAAAACCGUUCCUGCGACUACUAUCGUUCCUGCGACUACUACCGUUGCUGCUGCCGCAGAAGAAGUCCCUGUAGCCGAAAAGCCCUCCAAGGAAGCAACAUCUCAGCGAUUUACCAAAAACUCUUCCCUACCUAAGGAGCUACAAGAUUCGAUUGCCAAGAGUAGAGCAGCCGUUGAGGCAGCAAAGGCCAAUGUUCCUGUGAGGACUGGGAUUGUUGUUGAAGAAAAGGGGUGGGUGAAAGAGAAGAAGAGAAUUGCGAACCAGCAGAAAGAGAAGAAUGCCAAGAAGGCAGUCACGGCUGAGGAAACGGAGGAGCUGAAAAAGGAGAAGAGUGGAAGGAGGAAGCGCAAGAGGAAUCAGAAUGCUCUUCCGGAAAGUGAAACUGGUCAAGAAGGUGAGGAGUCAGCUGUAAAUGACGGCGCUGAGGGCGUUAUUAAAACGAACAAGGCGAAGGACGUUAUUGCUGUUCCAGGUCUUGAGGAUGGCGAGAAACCAAAGAAGAAAGCUAGGAAAUCUCGAAAGCCAAAGACGAAGACGCCUGCUGACGAGGUUGUACCGCAAGCUAAGGUCAUGGACGGUGUUGAACAGACUACCGCUUCUAAUCAAGUCAAAAACGAAGCUCCAUCUGGGAAUAAGAGCCGCAGUGAGGUUGUCCCAGAAUCUGAGGUCAUGAAUGGCGUUGAACAGACUAGCACUUCCGAUCAAGUUAACACCGAAGCUCCAUCCGACAAGAAGCGCCGCAGCCGAGGAAAGAAGGCAAAGAAGGAGACCGAAGCCAAGCCAGAACCCACCGAAGCAGUCAUCGACGAGCCUCUGACCGAGCUCCCCAACACUAACACCAAAAAGGUCAAAGCCGGCAGACGGGAUCGAGUAAAGAAUGAAAAGUCCAGCACGGAUACCAUGGAGGUUGAUACCGAAAUUGCGAAUGGAAACUCAAAAGGAGACCAGGGCUCUGCGAGUGGUAAUCAAUUCCUGGAUAUGAAUAGUACCGGAGAACACGAUAUUGAUAUUGAAGGAAGCUUGGAACAACAGACGGAUACUUCGAAAAUACAGGAGACUGAUAUUCCGCAACUUGAGCCGCCUAGCACACCCACUUGCUCGAUAAAGGUUGUUGUCUACACGCCUUCCAAGACUUGGAUUCCUGUGGAUAGCGAUUAUGUUACACCAUCCAAUCGCACAUAUAAGAAUGGAGCAGCUUUCCAAACUCAAGGAUAUGACAACAGCUCGAUUGCAAGUCCGGCUCAACCAGGCCCUGUGAAUUUAGAUCACCGCCAUGAUAACUUUAACAAUAUACAAUCGCCAAGAGAACAUGCAAGGGCACCAUCUACACCACCAUUUGAGAAUGUUCAUUCCUCCAUUGAGGUCGGCAGUCCGCAGUUCAGAGCACGAAAACGAAGGGCUUCCAAAACGACUUCCACAACUUCUUUCACACCUGUACGCGAUAACAAGGGGAGUUUCUCUUCGGCAGUCAAAAUAGAACCAGAAUAUGAAUCCGACGUUGAGUAUGCUCCUAGCUUCAAAAAACAACGUACUGGUUCCAUAUCUUCUGCAAAGUCCUAUAAUGUACGAGAUUCAGAGGGGCGAUUUACAAAGAGAGGCAAGUCUGAGCCAGUCAAAGACGCCGAUUAUGAACCUAUGAUCACAAGACGACGAGCAUAUUCUGUAUCUUCCGCGAAGUCUAUUGUUAUGCGAGAUUCGAGAGGGAGAUUCGCAUCUAGAAGCAACUCGAUAUCAGUUGAUGGCGCAGAAUUGGAGGUUGGAAGAGCAAGACGGCGCGCUUAUUCAAUGUCUUCUGCUAAAUCCUCGGAUAUCGUACGGGAUUCCAAGGGAAUGUUUGCGUCGCGAGGUAGAUCUGAAUCCCGUAGUGCUACAACGACGAAGAGGAGGGCUUCUACUGCUACAUCUGAAGGAAGAUCUCGGAGCUAUUCAAGAGACCAGAAUGGACGCUUCUCCAAAACAGCUACACCUCGCAGCACGAAGCAGGAACCAAUCGAUGCCUCUGAAUCUUCUAUUCCACAUGAACACAAUUCUCUUGUCGAAGAGCCAGAUACACAUCGACUAACAGGGAAAGAUGAAGGUACAUCUAUCGCAUCCGGUAUCAAGAUCAAAGCAAAAUCAAAGCGCCCUCCUGCCAAAUCACCUUACUUCAUGACACCACCCAUUACACCCAACUCCAGCAAGACCAGAGUUCCCAACCUCUCAAAAGGCAAAAGCUCAAAGUCUGCUCUUCCUACAACGCCAAAGAAAGAAGAAGACGAUGACAUCUCAUCCCCCCGAGACAGCCCUAAGAAACGCUCUCCAAGUAGUCUCGUAUCCUGCAUUCCCUUCCCUCCUCUCGCCUUCCCAACCUUUGGACUCAUCCAAGAAAAGCUAGCCAACGACCCCUUCCGCCUCCUCAUCGCUGUCACAUUCCUCAUCCGCACCCACGGCAAACACGCCAUCCCCGUCUUCUACUCUCUCAUGUCGCAAUACCCCACGCCAGAAUCCCUCCUGGAUGCUGAUACAGAAGACAUCGUUUCCAUGAUCCGCCAUCUAGGACUGCAGAAUCAGCGCGCAGCGACAUACCAAACGUACGCCAAGAUAUGGCUUGAGGAUCCUCCAACGAAAGGAAAACGCUAUGCGGUGCGCGGCUACCCUACCAAGGAUGCCGGGCGCGAUAUCAAGAAAGGCGAAAUCCUAUCCGACGAUGAUAUCCGCUCAGCGUGGGAAAUCGGGCAUAUGACACAAGGACCAUACGCUCUGGAUUCGUGGCGGAUAUUCUGCCGAGAUGUACUGCGCGGAUUAGCGACAGGUUGGAAUGGCGAAGGCAGUACACAGCAGGGGUUCCAGCCGGAGUGGAUGAGAGUUGUUCCUGAGGAUAAAGAGCUGCGGGCGUAUUUGAGGUGGAUGUGGUUAAAGGAGGGGUUUGAGUGGAAUCCGUUUACGGGGGAGAAAGAGGUUGCUGGGGAGGGGCUUAUGAGGGCUGCUAUUGAGGGACGGAUUGCGUGGGAUGAUGAGGGAGGGAUGAGGAUUCUGGAUGAGGUGGUGGAGGAUGUGGAUGUGGAUGUUUUACUUUUGAAUGGUGAAGGGUUGAGUGUGUGA